CCAUGCUGGGGAUGCGUAAGCGAGGGGAGGCAAAGCGUAUCCAGAGGGAGCGUGACUCCGCUGGAGAGGAAGGCACAGUGGAUGUGGACAGUGUGGAUUGGCUGACAGGGACGUACAGACUGGAGGGCAGCGACGAGGUGCUGGGACAUAAACACAAGUCAAGUGAGGAAGGAGAUGAAAAAGAGGAGGAGGAAGAUGAUGAUGAUGGAGAGGUGCCAGUGAUAUGUGGAAAACCUCCAUCAACAGAAAAGGGAAUUUUCUCUACUGAAAAACCCAGCACUAAAGAAGGAAGUUCACAUCUUUUCAUCACAGAAGAUAAAGAUGACUCAGAUAGGGAGGAAGAUGAUGAUGAUGAUGAGGUGAGUUUAUGUUUAGAUGAUUGUU